GGAAUAUAUGAGUGCCAGGCUUUGGGAGAAAUUACAGGUUAAUCUCCUGGAUAGUCUGCAAUGGUGACGAUGGAUGUAAAAGAGAGGAUGCAGGGCGAGGGAGAGGGAGAGAGGGACCACCUGGAGCGACCGAGCCCACUGACUGACAAGGAGAGGAUGAUGAUCCAGGACUCCUGGGCAAAAGUCUACCAGAACUGCGAGGACACCGGGGUGGCCAUACUAGUCAGGCUGUUUGUGAACUUCCCCUCAUCCAAGCAGUACUUCAGCCAGUUCAAGCACAUUGAGGAGCCGGAGGAGCUGGAGAGGAGUGCACAGCUUAGGAAGCAUGCUCACAGAAUCAUGAAUGCCCUCAAUACACUGGUGGAGAGCCUCGACAACUCAGACCGAAUGGCCUCAGUGCUGAAGGUGGUGGGCAAGGCUCACGCACUCCGACACAAGGUGGAGCCUGUGUACUUUAAGAUUCUGAGUGGUGUGAUACUGGAGGUCCUAGGAGAAGCGUUUUCAGAGGUUGUGACAGCAGAGGUGGCCGCGGCAUGGACCAAAUUCUUGGCUACGGUCUACUGCGGCAUCACAGCCGUCUAUGAGGAAGUGGGCUGGACUAAGCUCUCAACCUCAACUGGGUGAAGCUUUUAGUCUGGGUUUAAUUAACCAGAAACUUCAGAGACGUAUAACCUUUGGGCCAUGCCCCAUAAGAGAGGGAUUAGUAGCCUGUACUAAACUUUUAACGGAAGCUAUGUAUCUGGGGAAAACAGUUUAAUGUAAUCUAGAAUAAUCUUGGGCUAUGGGACAUAUACUCUAGAUAAGAACAGGUACUGUGGUGUGUGUGUGUGUGUGUGUGUGUGUGUGUGUGUGUGUGUGUGUGUGUGUGUGUGUGUGUGAGAGAGAACGAGCGAGAGAGAGAGAGAGAGAGCGAGAGAGAGAGAGAGAGAGAUUAAAGCUCUCCUUGUUUUUUAUACUGUUGGAAAGGACCAAACUAUUUUGAGAAGAGAGCAAAGAGGAAUAAAAUGCGAACGUAAACAGUGGACAAGAGGUCACAUUUGACUUGGAUGUGCCUUCUACAGAAUGUGUAUAUCUAAAAAAAACCUGCCGUUUUUUCUAAAUAUCAUGUGACGUUUCCUUUAAAGGUUCAAUGUGUAAAAGAUACCAGAAUUUAAACUUAAAACAUUAAAACAAUGAACUAACAUUAUCAACAGAAUGUGAAGAAGUAACAGUGUUGACUUUAUGUGAAAGACGUCUAUGUGUUGUGUUGCAGAGAUGUCUAUUACAAUCAGCACGUUAACUGACUAGUUCCGCUCCGUCCAGUCUAGGAGGCGAUAGUGAGACACUGUCUGCCCUCAGUACAGAGGGAGAAGAAGUGCAGCUGUCUGACUCAGACUCAGGGCUUGGCAACAUUGAAACCAUGAACCCUGCACAUUUUGAUAGUUUUGUUUUGAUUAAAUCCAAAGUGGCAGAAACUAAAAAUCAGUUUGUCCUCACCAGCAUAGACGGGAGGCUGCUCUGCCAGCAGUACGCCUGCUGGGGGAUGGACAGAUCUUCCAUUAGCAGUUAGCAAACAGCACUAAUUUAGGCGACUUCCCGCCGUAUCGUCAAACUUUCUGUUGUUGCCGUUACACAGGUUAGACCCAGCACUCUAACUGUUACUCCCGGUGCUGGGAUAUUCACCGACCGUAUCCGAGCCGCCGGAGGCAGUCCUGUGAGAGUGUCAUUGUGUCAUUCUCUCGUCUCCGCCAACCGGACCCAAGCCAACAUACAAACUAUCAAAACGCAACAUUACACGGUCCAUACAGCCUAAUUUUGGUUGAAUGAACUGACUUAAGACAUACACACUAAAUGAUAUUAACACUAGAAGAGAGAGAGAGAUGUAUAGCUGUAGAAGACAAUACACAAUAUAAAGAAUACUUUAGAAUAAUCCAAAACUUAAUACAAUAAAUAUGACAAACUACUACAACUAAAAUACAAACUUACUCUAGGUUUUUUUCCUUCUAAUAACUGAUGGUUUUGAUGAAUUUUGAUUGUAUUGAUCCAGUUUAGAGGUGAAAUACUGGCAGUCAGAAUUACACUUUGAACCUUUAAUCAGUCUGUGCCCACUUGUGUUCACUUUAAGAGAUAUUAAGAAGACAUUUUUACAUUUUUUAACAGUUAAUUGUGAUGAUUGUACAUUUUUUUCAUUAUGACUCACCUUUGUAUCUGUAUUUAACACAAUUUUUUGAAAUAAAAAUACAAA